GAAUGAUAUGCCUUUAUAUACAAACACUUGAUGCACAUUUUGAAACAUGAUAUGAUGCGUUUUGAAACAUUUGUUUCCCAGGGUGGAAAGGAACCCAAAUAUAGAAAAAUACUGAUGUCAGAUGUGGUUGUAACGAGGAAAAGGGACCUAUUUUCUGGUCGUAAAUGGAAUUUUGUAGAUGUGAUGAUGGGUGGGUGGAUCUUAAGUGUUCAUUUGCUAACAUGUUUUGCACCAUUUACGUUUACUUGGGGUGCUUUUUGGGUAGCAUUUUGUUUCUACGUGUUGUGCGGGAGUGGUAUAACAUUUUCCUAUCAUCGAAAUCUAGCACACCAUAGUUUCAAGUUACCAAAAUGGCUUGAAUACACGUUUGCUUAUUUCGCAGUUCAUGCUGCUCAGAGGGACCCAAUAUUUUGGGUGAGUAUACAUCGAUCUCACCAUCAGUAUGUAGAAUCCGACAAAGAUCCACACUCUCCCACUUUUGGGUUUUGGUUUAGUCAUAUAGGUUGGCUCUUUGACAACAGCUACCUUAUUGAGAAGUAUAAAGAACGUAAAAACGUAGAAGAUCUAAAGAGCCAAUUAUUCUAUCGAUUCAUCAGAAGAACCUAUUCAUGGCAUAUUCUUGGAUUUGCUGCCAUUGUGUAUGCUUUGGGUGGUUUUUCCUAUCUUGUUUGGGUUGUGGGUGUGAGAAUCACAGUGACCUACCACUUGACGUUUCUAGUGAAUUCAGCUUGCCAUAUAUGGGGAAGCCAAGCCUGGAACACCGGUGAUUUUUCCAAAAACAAUUUGUGGGUGGCAUUAUUUACUUUUGGAGAAGGGUGGCAUAACAAUCACCAUGCAUUUGAAUAUUCAGCCCGAUUUGGCUUAGAAUGGUGGCAACUUGACCUGUGUUGGUGUUUUAUACUGUUUCUUGAAAAGGUAGGGUUAGCGACCAAUGUUAAAUUGCCGAGUGAAUCUCAUAAGGCUAAGAGAUCCUUUGCAUCUGGGAACAAGUUCAAGUAAUCCAACAGCCAUGAAAUCAAAUAUAGUUUCAUAUACUAAGCGUGUGAAUUAAUAUUUGCAUUGGAGAUAAAUUCAAUUUAUGGUCACUUUUGUAAUAAUUUAUAUAUUCUUUUGUGAUUUAUAAAGCAAUCCUAUAUGUAUUAUGAUAAAUUAAUAAUGGGAACUUGUAAUACAUAAUUUCAAGUCUUGCAUACCAUGUAUUUUGGAGUUUUUAGUGAU